CUCGUAUGCAAGAUAUAAUCAAGGGCGUAGAUAUAAGUUGUAUAUCUUCUCCGCAUCUAGCUACAGUAUAGUGGGGUAUUGCCAAAGAUGUCCUCUUAAGCUGCCCUACUUCUGGUAUGACCUCACGGAGCCAGAUUCCCGACGGCUAUUGGACACCAGGCCUUUUUCCAGAUAGCUUUCCCGAUUUUGCCAGCCCCUAGCUCCACCCAGUUAAGUUCCGUUCCAUUAACAUGGUCUUACCUGCGAUAAUCCCUAUAUAUCCCCUAUAUUAUCACCUAUAUAAUGCUAUGUAAGAUUCCGCCAGGGCGGUCGCCACACGACCCAAGCCGCCCUAACGGCAGAGUGCCCCGAGUGCCCAGAGAUUCCAUGAAUAUGGAAAGAGAUUACUACUUCCGGUGGGCCGUUAUGAGGGAAUAAGAUCGGCGGCCUUACUUUCAGCCUGGUAAGUAGCUCAGCACGGUCGUGAGAUCUUUAAAGACUGGCUGGUUUCCGGAUUGCGUGCUGCUCCUCUUCUGUUUCUUCCCUUCAUACCGUAGACUCGAUACGAAAAUACAGUCAGUUCGAAUAUAUCUCAAAAGGAACAAUGCAGCUCACAGCAACCUUGGGACUCGCGGUCCCCUUGCUAGCGCAGUUGGUGUCGGGGCAGGCGUCCGGGUCGGGACAGACGACACGAUACUGGGACUGCUGCAAGCCGAGCUGCGCAUGGUCACAGAAAACCGACAGCGGAAAAAUGAUCGGUACCUGUAGCAAGGCGGACCAGCCGCUCGGCGACAACGGAGCGACCAAGAGCGCGUGCGACAACGGCGGCUCGGCAUACAUGUGCAGCAACCAGAGCCCGUGGGCCGUCGACGACACUCUUAGUUACGGAUGGGCUGCCGUGAGAAUCCAGGGACAGACCGAGACUACGUGGUGCUGCGCUUGCUACGAAUUGACCUUUACCAGCGGUCCGGUUAGCGGCAAGAAGAUGAUCGUCCAGGCUAGCAACACGGGAGGCGACUUGGGCGAGAACCACUUUGAUCUUGCGAUCCCCGGCGGUGGUGUCGGAAUCUUCAACGCCUGCACGGACCAGUACGGCGCUCCGUCCAACGGGUGGGGCGAGCGGUACGGCGGUGUGAGCUCGCGCGAGGCCUGCGACGGGUUCCCCGAGGCGCUGAAGGCGGGCUGCUACUGGCGCUUCGACUGGUUUGGCGGCGCGGACAACCCGGCCGUCAGCUUCAAGCAGGUUACGUGCCCCUCGGCUCUCACUGAGAAGAGCGGCUGCUCCCGCAACAGCUAGGUGCGAAGAUUAAGAGAGGGGUUGGUAGAGGGAUUGGUAUCUAGGGG